GCGCAUGCGCAGUACCAUGUAAACACAGCCGCCUCGGUCGGUUGUCACAGAAGACGAGGGGCUGCGCUAAGUUUCACUCUCAUUCCGGUGGCACUGCCGACGGUUAGCCGACUGCUAUAAAAGCUUUUAUAUUUUUGUCAGCUAAUUUUGCUAGGCAACUAGCUAGCUUGCUAACUCAGGAGAACAGGCCGACGACUGGUACAGAAGAAGCCUGUCAAAGCAGCCGACAUCGUCAAACACCGGCGGGCCUCCAUCUGGUUAGGUUAGAUCCACAGUCUGCUCGUCUAGAUUGAUGCAUUUAAUGUCGUCUUAUGUUGACUGAAAACAGGAAACGGCAGCGAAGCGGUGGUGAUGAGGAGAAUGGCCAGCUGGUGCCCCAAGCCAAAAGGCUGAGCAGAGCUCAUCCUCUCUCCCCUGAGCCAGGCCGAGAUGCCUGGGACUCUGAGUCAUCCAACAGUGAGAGCAGUGGGAUCAGCAGUCCUGAGCAUGCAGUGGGGAGCUGUAAUAGCCAGUGUGCUGUGGACAGCCUCGGAGUCCCCAGCGCUCCUGGCCCCUGCAGUCCCGUCAGCUCAGCUGACUCCUCGGAGUUGACCGGCCCCACAAACCUGGUCUCCUACCACCAGAUCAACAGCAUCCUUAGGGAGGCCCACUUCCAGAGCCUGCAGAACCGAGGCCAGCUCAGAGACACAUGAUUACCCCUCAGCAAGCGCAGGACAAAAGCCCUAAAGCAUGUCAGAGCAUCACAUGGUGAAUCAUGUCACUCAGCUCUUCCCCACACACCUCCAGUUCUCAUGAUAUCUCACAGCUCUGUUUUAUCUACUCGUCUGUGGAUGGAGACCAGUUCCUCAUCUGGUAUCUGGAGUUGGUUCAUUAUUAGAAUAAAACAAAGUGAUAAUUG